AUGAGCACAGCUAGGUUCAUCAAGUGCGUCACUGUUGGGGAUGGAGCUGUUGGCAAGACAUGCAUGCUCAUCUCUUACACUAGCAACACCUUCCCUACCGAUUAUGUGCCUACAGUGUUUGACAACUUCAGUGCUAAUGUGGUGGUUGAUGGCAGCACAGUUAACCUUGGAUUAUGGGAUACUGCAGGGCAGGAGGAUUAUAACAGGCUGAGGCCUCUGAGUUAUAGAGGUGCAGAUGUGUUCUUGUUGGCCUUUUCUCUAAUCAGCAAAGCUAGCUACGAGAACAUUUCCAAGAAGUGGAUUCCUGAACUAAGGCAUUAUGCCCCAACUGUACCGAUUUUGCUUGUGGGAACCAAACUUGAUUUACGAAACGAUAAGCAAUAUUUGAUAGAUCAUCCUGGGGCUACACCAAUCACAACUGCUCAGGCAAGUUGCCUUCAAGCUGAUUUUCUUUCUUUUACACCAACUGAACAAUAUAAAAAUUUCCCACAUUUCAUAAAUGAAACCAGCAAUUUUCACAUUGAGCAGGGGGAGGAACUAAAGAAGAUGAUUGGUGCUGCUUUUUACAUAGAGUGCAGCUCCAAGACUCAGCAGAAUGUGAAGGCUGUCUUUGAUGCCGCAAUUAAGGUUGUUUUACAGCCUCCGAAGCCGAAGAAAAGGAGACAGAAACGUAGGACGCCAUGCGUGUUUCUCUAA